GGCGGCCGGUUGGUAACGCAUAGUGUCUCGGUGCAAGCGCGGGUGCUCAGUUGAGGAGACGAAGAGACAAAUUUCUUUCAAGUGCCUGGUGUGAGCCGUGUGUCCGAAAAUGAUGCUGCGUGUUCUGAUCCUGUUCUCGCUUGGGUUGAUGUGUGCGGCGAAUGUAAGUCCACCGCAGGUCAACGUCUACACCUACAAACCCGUCUCGAAAGGUGAAAGCAAUGUUCUUCUUUGUCAUGCUAGAGAAUUCAGCCCACCCAACAUCAAGCUGGAUUUGCUGCAGGAUGGUGUUGAGAUACCAAACACUGAGCAAUUUGACCUCAGCUUUGACCCAAACUGGAAAUUCAAGUUGACCAAAUAUGUUAAGUUCACCCCCAGGGAUGGAGUGGUUUAUACCUGCAGGGUGGUGCACAAUGGAGUUACCAAAGUUGUUAAACUGGACUCCUAGGCUGUUGCACCACAGCCAUGAACACCAGCCCGACAAGAGUGAAUUGACAAUACCAAAAUUCCAUCUUUUCAACAUGAUUGCAUGUUUUGAUCGGGUUGCUGAAGCUCAAAGGAUAAUCCCAUAAUCUCAUUUUUGAAAAUAUAUGCCAAAUGAUUUGCUUUGGAAGCAUAUAUCCUUGGAAUUAAAAUUUGCUCUUUUUGUUUCUGACUACUGCUCACUGAAAUUAAUAAGGUUAUUUCAAUAGUUAAUUUGAAAUUAAAUUUCCUUUCCAUUUGCUGCAGAGAACUGGCCUGUAAGUCAUGGCUUAUAGAAGCACCUAGAAAUAUUCUUCAUCCUCCUCCCCCCCCCCCCCAACCUCCUUCAGUAGUACUUGACGCAUUGAUCCCCAUCCUAUAGACUGUUGUACUCAUUUGCGCACAGCAACUCUAACCUGUGCCAGCCCACCCCAACCUUUUCAGCUUGGAAUCCAGGUAUGAUGCUGCUUUUGGAACACCUUUGGCCAACCCUAGUUGUGCAUCUUUCUUACCGUUCCCAUUCCACCUUGGUGACUUGCAGGACUGAAUUCCAUUUCUAGCUGUUGGGUUUUGUUACUGAUUUAAGCAAGGGGAAUGCAGAAAUGUCACAAAUUGCUUUUUUUUAAAUCAUUGCAUAAAAUGCUCAGAUUUGUGGGGGGGGGGAUUUUUAAAUCAUUGCAUAAAAUGCUAGGGUUUGUGGGGGGGGGAUUUUUUCAAAUCAUUACAUUAGAUUUGUGGAGGGAAUUUAUUGUUAAGGAUUCAAUGUGUAACAAUGAAUAAAAUACAUUUUACCUUA